AUCUUACAGGCGUGCAUCCUUAUAUUAGAUCAUUAUUUUAUUUUUUAACAGGAACGUUGUCUCAUUUGUGAUGCUGGGGUCAUCCUACAACCACACAAUGGACACCCCUGCCACCUUCUUCCUUGUGGGUAUUCCAGGAUUGCAGUCUUCACAUCUUUGGCUGGCUAUUUCACUGAGUGCUGUGUACACCAUAGCUCUGUUAGGAAACACUCUCCUUAUGACUGUAAUCUGGGUGGAUUCCACUCUACAUGAACCCAUGUAUUGCUUCCUGUGUGUUCUUGCUGCUGUUGACAUUGUUAUGGCCUCCUCAGUGGUACCCAAGAUGGUGAGCAUCUUCUUCUCAAAAGACAGCUCCAUCAGUUUCAAUGCUUGCUUCACCCAGAUGUACUUUGUCCAUUCAGCAACAGCUGUGGAUUCAGGGCUGCUCCCCCUGGCUUUUGACCGCUAUGUGGCCAUCUGUAAGCCCCUACAUUACAGGAGAAUUCUCACACCUCAAGUGACACUGGGAGUGAGUGUGACUGUCACCAUCAGAGCAAUCAUAUUUAUGACUCCCUUGAGUUGGAUGGUGAGUCAUUUACCCUUUUGUGGCUCCUCUGUGGUUCUCCAUUCCUACUGUGAGCACAUAGCUGUGGUCAAGUUAGCAUGUGCUGACCCUAUGUCCAGUAGUCUCUACAGUCUACUUGGUUCUUUCAUUAUUGUGGUUUCUGAUGUGGCCUUCAUUGCUGCCUCCUAUAUCUUGAUUCUUAAGGCAGUGUUUGGUCUCUCCUCAAAGAAUGCUCAGUUGAAAGCAUUAAGCACAUGUGGCUCCCAUGUGGGGGUCAUGGCUCUGUACUAUCUACCUGGGAUGGCAUCCAUCUAUGUGGCUUGGCUAGGGGAAAAUGCAGUGCCCUUGCACACCCAAGUGCUGUUAGCUGACUUGUACUUGGUCAUCCCAUCCACCUUUAACCCUAUCAUCUAUGGCAUGAGAAUGAAACAAAUGAGAGAGAGAAUACAGAGAUCACUGAUGCAUUGUCUCUUUGACUCCUCCGAUUUUGGUUCAUGA